AUGGAGAAGAAAAGGAGACGAACCCCAGAAGACCCGAAUGCAGCGGGAGAGAGCUCCUGUAACCCGAAGCGAACAGGGAAAACGAGGGGCGGGGGCCAGGGCGAUUGUACGCCGCUGGCCGCGGAAGAUUUAUGGCGCCGCCCAGGUUCCAAGGACAGGCUGAACGGGCUAUCUGAAGCAAGAAAGCUCAGGGAAUGGCGAUUAGAAGCAAAGAAGUGGCUCCUCAGAAACUUCCUUGAGAACCUCUCUGUCCGUGCUGACCCGGAUGGAAAUCAGCUUUGGAGCGGCGGCAUGGAGGCUCUCACCACUCAGCUGGGGCCGGGGCGCGAGGGCAACUCCUCGCCCAACUCCAAGCAAGAGCUGCAGCCCUACUCCGGCUCCAGCGCUCUCAAACCCAACCAGGUGGGCGAGACGUCGCUGUAUGGGGUGCCUAUCGUAUCUCUGGUCAUCGACGGCCAGGAGCGCCUGUGCCUGGCUCAGAUCUCCAAUACUCUUCUCAAGAACUACAGUUACAAUGAGAUCCACAACCGCCGCGUGGCCCUGGGCAUCACGUGCGUGCAGUGCACGCCGGUGCAGCUGGAGAUUCUGCGUCGGGCAGGAGCCAUGCCCAUCUCUUCGCGCCGCUGCGGCAUGAUCACGAAGCGCGAGGCUGAACGCCUGUGCAAGUCCUUUCUGGGAGAGCACAAGCCACCCAAGCUGCCCGAGAACUUCGCCUUCGACGUGGUGCAUGAGUGCGCGUGGGGGUCGCGUGGCAGCUUCAUCCCCGCGCGUUACAACAGCUCUCGUGCCAAGUGCAUCAAGUGCGGCUACUGCAGCAUGUACUUCUCGCCUAACAAGUUCAUUUUCCACUCACACCGCACACCCGAUGCCAAGUACACGCAGCCCGACGCAGCCAACUUCAACUCGUGGCGCCGGCACCUCAAACUCAGUGAUAAGUCGGCCACAGACGAACUGAGCCACGCUUGGGAGGACCGGGGACUUGGACUAGCGGCGGGAGCCGGCGGCCCGGCGGGCCCUGGAGGGCCUGGUGGCAGCGCCGGCGUACGCAGCUACCCGGUGAUUCCAGUGCCCAGCAAGGGUUUUGGCCUCCUGCAGAAGCUGCCGCCGCCGCUUUUUCCUCAUCCCUACGGCUUCCCCACGGCCUUCGGCCUCUGCCCCAAAAAGGACGACCCAGUGCUAGGCGCAGGUGAACCCAAGGGUGGCUCCUACGUGUCGGCCUUCCGGCCGGUGGUCAAAGACACGGAGAGCAUUGCCAAACUCUAUGGCAGUGCCCGCGAUGCGUACAGCGCCGGCCCUGCGCGCGGGCCGGGGCCGGGUGCGGGGGCCGGAGGUGGCUACGUGAGCCCGGAUUUUCUGAGCGAGGGCAGCUCCAGUUACCACUCCGCCUCGCCCGACGUGGACACUGCAGAUGAACCGGAGGUGGAUGUCGAGUCCAAUCGCUUUCCCGACGAUGAGAGCGCCCAGGACGAGGCCGAGGCCGCAGCUCCUGGCGCGCCCAACACCGGUGGCGGCCAGGACGCUAGCCGGUCGGCAUUCGGGGACCUGGCAGCCGACGAUGUGGUGCGAAGACCUGAAAGGAGCCCGCCAAGCGGCGGCUAUGAGCUGCGAGAUCCUUGCGGGCCGCUGGGGGGCCCCGCGCCUGCCAAGGUGUACGCGCCCGAGCGGGAUGAGCACGUGAAGAGCGCGGCGCCGCCGCUGGGGUCUGCGGCUUCCUACCUCUGCACCCCAGAGGCCCACGAGCCAGAUAAGGAAGACAAUCACUCGACCGCUGAUGAUUUGGAAACGAGGAAAUCCUAUCCAGACCAAAGGAGUAUCUCCCAACCAAGUCCCGCAAAUACUGACCGAGGCGAAGAUGGGCUCACCCUGGAUGUCACGGGAACUCAGCUAGUGGAGAAAGAUAUCGAGAACCUGGCCAGAGACGAAUUGCAAAAACUGCUCCUGGAACAAAUGGAGCUCCGUAAGAAGCUGGAGCGAGAAUUUCAGAGUCUCAAAGAUAAUUUUCAGGAUCAAAUGAAGAGGGAAUUGGCUUAUCGAGAAGAAAUGGUGCAACAGCUGCAAAUUGUCAGAGACACUCUGUGUAACGAACUGGACCAGGAACGGAAGGCGCGCUAUGCCAUCCAACAGAAAUUGAAAGAAGCCCAUGACGCCCUGCACCACUUCUCCUGCAAGAUGCUGACGCCCCGCCACUGCACUGGCAACUGCUCCUUCAAGCCCCCGCUGUUGCCCUAG